AUGGCGCUCCACCUCAUUGCAGCAGCAUUGCCAGCCAGCCUCUUGCCUCCAUGGUCCCUCUUCCACCAUUGCGGCAUCUGGUGUUGCCUCACCUUCACACAGAAUGCUCGCUGCCCCUCCUCAGUCUCCCUGGGAUUCUAUGCUCCGGGGUCUCAGAACCUUGCAAGCCUGCAGCGCUUCUCACUCAUUCCCUCGUCUCCAAGUUUGGCCUGCUGGCUGAGCAGAGAGUUCUCAAGUAAGGAUGAAGACAUUGAGAGAGCGAGAAAGUGCAUCUCUCUCGCCUCCUGGUGCAACAGGUGGUACAACUGCUAUGGAUUCUGCAGCUGCACAGUCCUGUUUGGCACACGCUGCAUACAGAAUCCUUAUAUCAGUGCAGAAACAAAAGCGGCCCCUCACCUGGGGGUUCCUUCUUCAGCCGUGGACACCUCCCCUCAUCACAGCUCUGUUGUGGUCACUCUUGAGGAUCGGGACCUCUGGAACAAGUUUCACCAAGUGGGAACUGAGAUGAUUAUCACAAAGUCUGGACGACGAAUGUUUCCACAAUGCAAGAUCAGAGUCUCUGGUUUGAUCCCUUAUGCCAAAUAUCUAAUGCUUGUAGACUUUGUGCCAGUAGACAACUUCAGGUACAAGUGGAACAAGGACCAAUGGGAAGUGGCUGGCAAAGCAGAGCCUCAGCUCCCCCGUCGGACGUACGUGCACCCUGACUCUCCUGCCCUGGGCAGCCACUGGAUGAAGGAACCCAUCUCCUUUCAGAAGCUCAAACUGACCAACAACACCUUGGACCAGCAGGGCCACACUGUCCUCCACUCGAUGCACCGCUACAAGCCUCGCUUCCACGUCAUGCAGGCAGACGACCCCUUCAGCGCCCGCUGGAGCCCCUUCCAGACAUUCAGCUUUCCAGAGACAGUCUUCACCUCUGUCACGGCAUACCAAAAUGAGAAGAUCACAAAACUGAAGAUCUACAACAAUCCAUUUGCAAAAGGCUUCCGAGAACAUGGGAGGAACACACGCAGGGAGGGGCGAAGCCAGAAGACCAGUCCGGCCAAAAGUCAGAAGAGAGCACUGAUGGAAGAACCCAAACCUGAUGCAGAACUGGACUUAGAGAGGAGUGAAAACAUGGCGGUGAAGGAAGAGAGCCAUGUCAUGUCAGUUAGUAGCAGCUGCCCCUUCUGGGUCUCAGAGCCAAACAGCACCCACACCAUCCCUACAGAAUCUCCAGAUCCAGGGGAGCACACAGAACCGCCUGCCCAAGAACAGCAUGUGCCAACACCACUUUCAUCCUCCCAGGCAUACAGGUCCCAUGAGAUGGAUGAUAGUCCACUGCCAGCCCCUCUCCAGGACAUCAUUUCCCUAAAUGAGUUUCGGGCCAGACCUCAGACAUUGGACUUAGCCAUGGUUCCUGAGCAGGAUGCCAAGCAGCUUCCAGAAGGCUUCACCAAUCUGCCACCACUUUCCAUCCCUUUUCCACCUCCACAAGAUUACUCUGGGAUUGCUGGUACAGCCGUAGAUCCUGCUGGGAAACCAGGACUCCGAAGGCCUAUGUACAGCCCCUAUGCCCCUGAUCAAAACCUCAGCCAGUGGAUGGUUCCUCCACCGGCCCAAUAUAGGGCUGUAACCUAUUCUGCAUUCCCCACAGACUACAGUACCCAGGCUGCCUCAGGACCUGCCCAUGGCAGCAUGGCAGACUGGGGGCAAUACUCUUUGUUCCCCUAUGCCUGCUGGUAA